AUGUCGAUCAAGAAGAAAACUUUAUCCCCCAAAGUUGAGAGUGUUGAGGUGAGCCAUGAGAUGUCGGUUUUGGAUUUACCCGACCUCGUAUUGGAGAGCAUUCUCGAAAGGCUUCCUCCGAAUGAGCUGUUUAAGGUGGCUAAUGUGUGUAGUGUUCUCAGAUGCAAGUGUUUGAGUGAUCACUUGUGGGAAAUGCAUAUAAUGAACAAAUGGGGUCGAGCCAUAGGCCCGGCUGCUUAUAAGGAGUGGCGUCGCCAAAUUGUUUCGAGGAAAGGUUCGAUUUUUUCCGGCCACGGCAAGAAUAAGGGACAAAUGGUGGGGUAUUAUAAUUUAGUUGAUUUGUGGCCACUUGAGUUGAUUAGAUCUAGUUUUAGCAAUAUUUUUAAGAAGAACAAUUUUCCUCCGGCCGAGUCGAUGAUGUCUUGUUAUCUCGCGAUCGAGUCGGGCAAUUUCUGGUUUCCCGCGCAGGUGUAUAAUCGCGAGAAUGGUCAUGUUGGAUUUAUGCUAUCUUGUUAUGAUGCUAUGGUCAGCUAUGAUCGACGAACCAAUACUUUCCAAGCCAGAUAUCCUGAACAUGGAACAAGACCAACUACAGUAGAGACCGGUGUUACUUUGGACAGGCUUAGAGCUAAACCCGUGGAUACGAGUUCACAUGAUCUUUAUCUCUCUACUCGUUUGGAUGAGUUAAAACCAGGUGAUCACAUCGAAAUCCAGUGGAGGCGUAACAGAGAAUUCCCUUACGGUUGGUGGUACGGUGUCGUUGGUCAUUUGGAAACAUGUGAUGGGAGUGCCGGUUACUGCCGAUGUCACGAUAGAGACACUCUUGUGCUCGAAUUCAACCAGUAUGCUCAAGGGUCCCGGUGGAGGAGGACACUUGUCAACAGGAAGGACCACAGGGAAAAGGGUAAUGAUGUCGACGGCUUUUAUGGUGGGAUCCGGAAGCUCUAUGGGAAUGAAGAGAUUCUCAAGUGGAAAAAGCUUUGGCCGGCAGAAGUUUUCGAAUAG